GUGGCCUCAACCCGGCCGGCACAUCAGACCUGCAUCCUGGGUCGGGAGCUUGUCUUCUCGAACACCUCGUCUUCUUUGUCUCACCUCUUCUUCUCUCCGAGGGCAAACUGCAGCUGUGUGCUACCCCUCGUUUAUUAAUGGCCGUCCCCCGCCAGAUGCAACCCUAUUUCAGCCGCAAUUGACUGCGGCCUGUCUGACUGACCUCUUGCGAGCAUUCCUUCGUUCUUUUUGUGUGUCCGUUGUUGGUGGGCUCCCAGCUGUCUGUCUGUCACAUGUCAAAACCAUGGCCGACUUGGACUUGUCUCUACCUGCACGCCUGCUUGCUGCGGUAGAGCAGCUGGUCUGGUCUACCUACAUGGUUGCGAGGGAGUUUCCUUUUACCAUCCUCCCUCUGAUCAUCAUCGCCUUUGUCAGUUUGGCUGUGUUGGCUUUCUUCAUCGGCCUCCACAUCAUCGCACCAAAGCCACGCGCCCCAUUACCCUCCGAAAAGACAUACAUCACCACCACCCCCGAUGGCAUCACCACCAGGCCUCUGCCAUGCUGGUUCGACAGAUGGGACGCCGAGCGCAAGCUGAGCGAGUCCGCCGCCGCCAGCAAGAACGCCUUCGACGUCCCAGACACCGGCUCCGUCGAGCCCCCCGAGGUCGAGGUGUCGGUCGUCAUCCCGGCCUACAACGAGGAGAAGCGCAUCCUGCCGGCCCUCGAGGAGGCAGUCGAGUACCUCGACGGCAAGUUCGGCCGCCCCACCACCGACGACCGGAAGAAGCGCAUUGGCAGCCCCCCGACCACCCCGCACCACCGACAGUUCUUCAGGCGGGCAACCCGCCCAGACGCCACCAGGGGUGACGAUGCCGCCGCCGCCAUCCCGCCCGCGGGGUACGAGAUCCUCAUCGUCAACGACGGCAGCCGCGACAAGACGGUCGACGUCGCGCUCGACUUCAGCCGCCGCCACGGGCUGCACGACAUCCUGCGCGUGGUCAACCUCGAGAAGAACCGCGGCAAGGGCGGCGCCGUGACGCACGGCUUCCGCCACGUGCGCGGCCAGUACGUGGUGUUUGCCGACGCCGACGGCGCCUCCAAGUUCAGCGACCUGGGCCGCCUGGUCGAGGGCUGCGAGGACGUCGUCGACGCGAGCAACCGCGGCGUCGCGAUCGGGUCCCGGGGCCACCUGGUCGGCAGCGAGGCCGUGGUCAAGCGGUCGGCCAUGCGCAACUUCCUGAUGAAGUCGUUCCACUUCGUCCUCAUGAUCCUCACCCCGCCCGCGACGUCCCGCAUCCGCGACACCCAGUGCGGCUUCAAGCUCUUCUCCCGCGCCGCGCUGCCGCACAUCGUCCCCUACAUGCACAUGGAGGGCUGGAUCUUCGACAUCGAGAUGCUGAUGCUCGCCGAGUCUGCCCCGCCCAGCUCCGUCUUCGCCAGCGACGGCUCUGUCAUCGGUCUUGCGCCCGGCAUCCGCGUCGCCGAGGUCCCCAUCGACUGGCACGAGGUCGAGGGGACCAAGAUGAACAUCAUCAAGGACAGCAUCGGCAUGGCCCUGGGCAUGAUCAUCCUACGCGGGAGCUGGAUGUUUGGCGUGUACCGGCGGCGCAUCACAUGAUCUGGUUGUCUCCUUCAUUCUACAACUUGAUUUUUUUCGUUCUUAAGCAUCUCGCGAUAAUAGCUCUCACCUGUGCUGUAUUCAGUCAAAUUACUGGCAUUUGGAACUGGCGUUAGGGUCACCUUAAAAGUUGCUAUUACUUUUCGUGAUGUGCAUAUUGAUAAAUACUGCACAGUAAGAAUCCGCCUAGCAGGAAGGCGAUAAGGAUCACAUAGACAGACCUUGUGGGGACCAUAUGCUAGAUAUCAAUGGCAUGCAUGCUCUACAAA